AUGACUAAUGGAAUUAGUCUAGAUCCAUAUUUUGAUGAUGAAGAUAAAUUUAUCGACAAUUUAUUACCACCAUGUGAUCCAACAACUGAUUUAUUUAGUUACCUUUUUUCUUCGCUUUCUCAAUCGUGUAUUUUGUGUUCAAGAGUAGAAGCAGAGACUAUUUUAAAGACAACGGUUGAUGUUCAAUCUGGCAAUUUUAUAGUUCCAAAAACAUUUUCUUCAUUCCUUGAAUAUUAUUUAACAAAUCCAAUUAAAUUUCAAGAUGAUAGUGAUACAAAAUAUUCAAUUAUUUUACAAUUAUAUUCAAAUUGUUGA